UCGUCAAGGCAACCAGAGUGCCAUGGCAACGUCGCUGACGCUUGAGAAGGGACUUAAUACCUAAACUGGGAAGUAAAGCGCACAAACAGCAUUUUAUCUUGUUAACCAGCUACAGAAGCAUACAUGUACACGUUUAAGUGGUGCAGCAGUUUUUUUUUUGUUUUUUAUUUUAAAAAAGGUAUAUUCACAGCUUUUAGGCCAAUAUAAACUUUUACUUCUUUCUGCGAAGCACUGAAGCCGAGAAACAGCUGGAAAUCUUCACAACAACGGCUCCUCGAUGCAUCUAACAAGGCCAAAGUCCUCCAAGGGGCGAAAGAGACCCGCUGUGAAUAACUCAGUGUAUCCAGGGGAGGCGGACAGCUUCCAGAGGCAGCCGGAGUCUCGUGUGUGUCGCAGGCCGGACGGAAGCCUCCGCUCCCGGUCUCAGCCCGUCAUGUUGCAAGCUAACCAGCUGAGCCAGGAGGAUGUUUUGUACAUGCUGCAUCACGCUCCCGCUGCUCGGCUACAGUCUUUUAACAAGUACAAAGUCCUUCCGUCUAUAGAGAGGAGAAGGCAGUCAGAGGCGAGUCUGCACAAAGACAUGUCCAACCUCAACCUGGCUGAUGAUGAUGGUGUGACCCAGAUCUCCAGACCCGAAGUGGACACAGUCUGUGCCAGGCCCCACGAUCCAGCACCAGAAGCUGGCAGUGGCAGUUUGCUUCUUGCUAUAAGAGCUCCGUGUGGGAGGAGGUUUCAGCAGCUCUUUGACCCCACACACACUCUGCUGACAGUGAGAGCCAGUGCAGAGGCCAGGUUUGGAGCCACGUACGAAGCGGCUUGCGUUGAGACCAUGGAGGUGCCACGCAGGACCUUCACAGACCUGAAUAUGACUCUGGCACAGUGUGGUAUUCCGAACAGAUCCGUGCUGUGCAUCUCCCAGAAAAAUGACAUUGUGGAGGGGGAGCAGGAAUGAUUUGAAAUGGCUUUUGGAUCUGCAGUUAUGCAUUUUUAUGGCCUCAAUUGGAUAUCUGACCUUUACUGUGCAGCGCUUAAAAGGCUGUUUUCCUCAUCAGUCUGUAGUCGUAGUCCUUUAUACUUUUAAACACCAAACUUAAUGUGCACCUUACGCAAGUAAAAUUAAGCUACUCACGCUCAGGACCAUGGUGUAAACAGGGGUGGGGUGGUAGUAUUCAAAGCUGUAUUUAUCCUAAAACAUGUUUUUGGUGAUCUUUAAACAUGCAUAAGCUUGGUUUUGUAAUUCAAAUGUAAUAAAUCAAACUCAG